GAUUUUAGCUGAAGGCGGUGGGUGAUAACCGACUCAAUUCACCCCAUACCUCUCUCUCGCUAUUACUUUCUUUCUGCGAUUAAGAUAUCACUGAUAAUUACACACCUCUCUCCUUGUCUCGCUAAAAAUUACAAGUCUCUCUCUCUCUCUCUCUCUCUCUCUCUCUCUCUCUCUCUCACUCUCUCUCCCCCCCUCUCCCCCUCCCUCUCUCCCCCCAUCAAUUCUAGGGUUUUGCGGUGAUCAUCAAUGGACUCCUUUCCUUUUCACGACGGCAACAUCUCUCAAUUCAUUCAACAUCGCUCUAUCGAAACUCGCUCUGACAUUAAUCAUGGAUUGCAAAUGCAUUCAUCGCUGGUACGCAGGCUCUCCCAGGAAAAAGAAUUAGAGGGGCACCAAGGUUGUGUGAAUGCUGUUUCUUGGAACUCAAGUGGCUCUCUUUUGAUAUCCGGAUCUGAUGAUACACGGAUUAACAUUUGGAGUUAUUCAGACCAUAAGCUUUUACAAUCUGUGGAAACUGGUCAUAGUGCCAAUAUAUUUUGCACAAAAUUUGUCCCUGAAACUUCAGAUGACAUAGUAGUUUCUGGUGCAGGAGAUGCUGAAGUACGCGUUUUUCAUUUGUCUCGUUUGGAUGGCGGAGGACACGAAGAGAAUACUAUAAAUCCAUCAGCAGUCUUUCAAUGUCACACCAGAAGAGUAAAAAAACUUGCAGUGGAAGCUGGAAAUCCCAAUGUGGUCUGGAGUGCCAGUGAAGAUGGCACUUUGCGGCAGCAUGAUCUUCGGGAAGGUGCAUCCUGUCCUCCUGCCAGCUCUGCUCAUCAAGAAUGUCGCAACAUUCUACUUGAUUUGCGAUGUGGGGCUAAAAAGUCUUUAUCUGACACUCCUAAGCAAAAUCUCGCACUGAAAUCAUUUGAGAUAAGUUCAUCGAGGCCUCACUUGCUUGUCGUUGGUGGGAGUGAUGCCUUUGCUCGUUUAUAUGAUAGACGGAUGCUGCCGCCCCUAUCUUCUUCUAUGAAAAAGUUGUCACCACCUCCAUGUGUCAACUACUUCUGCCCCAUGCAUCUUUCAGAUCGUGCAAUUUCUAGCUUGCACCUAACCCAUGUUGCAUUUAGUCCAGAUGGAGACGAAGUGCUUCUUAACUAUAGUGGAGAGCAUGUUUAUUUGAUGGAUAUAAAUCCUUCCAGUGGGAGUGCUAUGCGAUAUACGUCUGGAGAUGCCAUGACGCUUAUGAGUUUAAAUCCCAUUCUUAAUGGAGUGGACUUGAAGUCUUCAGUGUCUAGGGUCUUCCCAAAUGGUUUCCCUAGAAAGAGAAACAUUGUUUCUAGGCUCGACAAGUGCCGAAAAUUAGUCCAGAUAGCUGAAAAAUCUUUAAAAGAGGGGACAAACUGUUAUUAUGCUAUUGAAGUUUGUAAUGAAGUCUUGGAUGGGCAUGGGCACGAGAUUGGGUCUGUGUUGAUGCAUGAAUGUCUAUGUAUACGGGCAUCUUUACUUCUGAAGCGCAACUGGAAAAAUGAUGCCUAUAUGGCGAUAAGAGAUUGUCAGAGGGCUAGAAAGAUCGAUUCUUCUUCGUUUAGGGCACUCCAUUGUAUUUCUAAAGCUUUGUCCCUGUUAAGAAAGCACAAGGAAGCUCUAGACUUUGCCAUUGCAGCUGAAACACUGGCUCCAUCAAAUUCAGAAAUCGGAAGAACAAUGGAGUCUAUACGAGAGGAGCUCGCUGCAGUGUCAGCUGAAUCUGAGAAAAACAAGUCGAGCAACAUAGCUCCCACAAAUGAAUCUAGAGCUCAAGGAACACUAUCUUUGAGUGAUAUCCUUUAUCGUUCUGAAGCGCAUAUUGAUUCGUCAUCAGAUGAUCCGAGGUCGGAGAGGGAAGAUUCUGAUUAUGACGAAGAAUUGGAUUUGGAUAUUGAAACAUCAAUAUCAGGUGAUGAAGGACAUGAUACUGAAGCAGACGUGGUCCAUCGAAGUAUAAAUCUAAGAUUUCAUGGCAAAGAUGAAUCAGCAGUAGGUGGUGCGGAUCACGCAAAUGUUUCUUUUGGAUCCCCUAAAUCUCAAAGUGAUGAAAAAACAUACCAGCCCGAGGCUGUCAUAGAUAUGAAGCAGAGAUACUGUGGCCACUGUAAUGUGGGGACCGACAUAAAACAAGCCAGUUUUCUUGGCCAACGAGGCGAUUAUGUUGCUAGUGGAAGUGAUGAUGGUAGAUGGUUCAUCUGGGAAAAAGGAACUGGCAGACUAAUGAAAGUGCUGCUUGGUGAUGAAGCUGUCGUGAACUGUGUGCAGUGCCAUCCAUUUGAUUGCACCAUUGCUACUAGUGGGAUUGAUAAUACUAUCAAGAUUUGGACACCUAGUGCUUCAGUCCCAUCCAUUGUGACUGGUGGAGCAGCUGGACCAGAGACUGCAGAUGUCUUGGAUAUCAUGGAAAGCAAUCAGCGGAGGCUGUCUCGUAACCGUGAAGCCAUGCUACCCAUUGAGCUUUUGGAGAGGUUUCGAAUGCACGAGUUUACAGAAGGGACCCUCCACCCGUUUGAGUGUACACAGAGCUAAGCUUGAAAACUAAAUUGAAAGACUUCUGGGUGGAUGGCUAACCGGAAGCUACUGCUGCUUGGGUUAAACUUAUACAGGAGAUUCUCUUGUUACAGGAGAACAGUUGAGACCUGAAAUGAGAUAUGUUCCAGGCCUACUGAUAAUGGGGGACUAGUUUUUUUUUUUUUCCUCGAUCUUGAAGUUCUUAAUGUGGGCAGACAGUUUGUGUUUAGGCCUCUGUUCCUUGUCUUUCAGUAUAGAUAUAUAGAGUUGAUAACUCAAGUGGUUGUGGUUAUACAAGUUUGCCUUUUAAGCUUUGGCCUAUGAUUCUCGUAGCCCAAGAAUGAACUUUUAAUACUUGUACCCCGACCGUGUUUAAACAACUGUUGGCCUUCAGACUCUUGGGUGGAUGAGCUACCCAGGAGGCGGAAACUGCUUGGGUGGCUAGAUCAGAUUUCCGGUUACAGGAGAACACUUUGAAUGAGAUAUGGUCCAGACGUACUAAUAAUGGUGGACCUAGUCGCUUUUCUUUCCUUGUUGAUUUCGAGUUCUUAAUGCGUUGUGCGCACUGUUAGUAUUUA